AUGUCGUCCGUUUCCAGCGAGCUGGAAAGCUUCUCCCCGUACUCAGACAUCGCCGAAACCGCUGUUCGAGAGCAUGGACAACGCCUGGCUGACUUGCUUGCGAAGUCCCCUGAUCUGCAGGUCCAAGAAGUGUCCCAAUACGAAGAUGAACAACCCCGUCGCCCAGAUAUCGAGAGGGAUACAGCACCAUUUUCCUCCAAUGCCCAGAGACCAUGUCGGCUUCAAGUAGACUCGUCAGCCUCGCCGGAUGCGCCAUUCCGCAUUCAUCGGGGCAAACCCAGACAACGCUCCCUGCAACCCAAACAACGCAAGUCGAAGCGACCGGUCCAACAUCGAAACUACACCGCGCCAGCUGUGCCGCUCGCACAGAAUGUGGCCUCCUCUCAUGCUGUAGCAGUUGCGAAGCAGACGCUGGACCUCUACCACCAACAGGGCACAUUCUUCUCCCAGACGAUGCUGGAGCAACUUCUUCCAAGGCUGGACUCCUCAAUGGCAUUGACGCAUGCUGCCAGUGCGGUAUCUUCAGUCUUGCGCUUUCGCUUUCGACCCGCAUCUAGUGUACGAGCACAAGGACAGGGUCUUAGGGAUUAUACGAACGCCCUUACUGAGAUCAGAUCGAACUUGCGCAGCUCCGAGCCUCUCCUACUGGCGAUCAACUUACUCUGCUACUACGAGCUGGUGACGGGCUUCGACGUUUCGGUCUUGAAAUCACACGCGGCCGGGCUUCACUCGCUGCUCCUCGCAGAUAGAGAGUAUUGGUCCAAGAACACUGUCGGAAGAACAGUCCUACUCGGAACACGACUGCUGGCGGUCGAGGCGUGCAUGGCUGCUGGUAAGCCGUCGCCCUUUGAGGAUGAUUCCUGGCUGGAACACGAGUUUCCCUCUUCCCGUCUGUCGAACGCCAUCGCCUUGUCGAAAUGUGCACAUAGGAUCUUCUUCAAACUGCCAAGGCUGGCCUACAAUCUCAAAAGGAUACGAGCGGGGAAUACUGACUUUGAGAUCAUAUGCGAGACUGCUGCUUUGGCGCAGCGCCUUCUUCGCAUCAAAGAUGAUGAGGCCUAUCAUGGCAUGCUGAGAGCUUGUCAUGUGCGAGACACUCUUUCGGACGCCGAUCGAUCCAUCAUACCCACCUCUCUUGAAUUUGCAGACUUGGCAGAUUUCGAUGACUUUUUGGAUUACAGCCGGGCGCGCCUCACGAUCACGACGCUCUGCCUGACGCUACCGCAGCUAAUUCCAAGGUACGUUGUACCUCGGCAGAAGCAAGUCGAGGAACAGCAGCACAAAGCCAUUGAUGCCGUCCUACGGUGCUGGCAGAGUUGCAUGGAAACGCAACGAUUCGCCAAGAGCAUGAGUACGACAUUGUUCCCCUUGUACGGCGCGUUGAAACAAAUGGAUUCCUGGCGCGGCGUGCCGAUUGAGGAGAUCAUAUCAUGGCUUGAGUACAAAAGCAUCAUCGCGUUCGGUCAUGUCAAAGGGUUCAGCGGCGAAAGCGAUCUCGUUGCGACGUGGGAUAUGUAUUGUGGUGGGUCGGGUGAGAAGUCGAUAUUCAAGCAGUGGGCAUAG